AUGAGACUCUUGGUUAUCAUCACCGCCUGUCUAAGCGCGAUGGCUUAUGCUGCGACUGCUAACAACGUCAAAUCCUACAUCCUGACCCUCGAUGACAACCAGCCUGCCCUCGCAGGCAAAAUCCAAGACUUGAAGUCGUUUGUCCAACAAGUUGGUGGGAAAAUAACCCACGAAUAUUCCCUGAUAAAGGGCUUCAGCCUGCAACUUCCUGCUGACGACUCUUCGGAUAUUUUGCAGAAGAUCGAGAGUUUCGGUGAGAAACUUAGUUGCAAGCUCAACCUUGAACAAGACCAAGAAGUUCACACUUUCAAAGGUCCCGAACCCUUCGAGGCCUCCGCUGAAUGA